UGGAGCGGCCGCUCCGGCGCCGGGCUCGGUCGGCCGGCCGCUGCCCCGCGUGUCGCCCUCCCGAGCCUCUCCGGCGGGCACCCUGGCUGUGGGCACCUGCGGGGCGCACGGCGCGGAGCCGCUGGGCGGCGGCAUGAAGGUCACGUCGCUCGACGGGCGGCAGCUGCGCAAGAUGCUCCGCAAGGAGGCGGCGGCGCGCUGCGUGGUGCUCGACUGCCGGCCCUACCUGGCCUUCGCCGCCUCGAGCGUGCGCGGCUCGCUCAACGUCAACCUCAACUCGGUGGUGCUGCGGCGGGCCCGCGGCGGCGCGGUGUCGGCACGCUACGUGCUGCCCGACGAGGCGGCGCGCGCGCGGCUGCUGCAGGAGGGCGGCGGCGGCGUGGCGGCCGUGGUGGUGCUGGACCAGGGCAGCCGCCACUGGCAGAAGCUGCGCGAGGAGAGCGCCGCGCGCGUCGUGCUCACCUCGCUGCUCGCUUGCCUGCCCGCCGGCCCGCGCGUCUACUUCCUCAAAGGCACAGGAAGUGAUUUGCUAACUAGGGACACCUCUUUGGAGGAAGCUGAGGGUCUGUGGGGAUAUGAGACUUUCCACUCGGAAUAUCCUGAGUGUUGUGUGGAUGUAAAACCCAUUUCACAAGAGAAGGUUGAAACCGAGAGAGCCCUCAUCAGUCAGUGUGGGAAAUCAGCGCUCAACAUCAACUACAGGCCGGCUUACGACCAGGGUGGCCCAGUUGAAAUCCUUCCGUUCCUCUACCUUGGAAGUGCCUACCAUGCAUCCAAGUGCGAGUUCCUCGCCAACCUGCACAUCACGGCCCUGCUGAAUGUCUCACGGCGGACCUCUGAGGCCUGCACGACCCACCUACACUACAAAUGGAUCCCCGUGGAAGACAGCCAUGCAGCCGACAUCAGCUCCCACUUUCAAGAAGCAAUAGAUUUCAUCGACUGUGUCAGGGAAAAGGGAGGCAAGGUCCUGGUUCACUGUGAGGCUGGGAUCUCCCGCUCGCCCACCAUCUGCAUGGCUUACCUCAUGAAGACCAAGCAGUUCCACCUGAAGGACGCCUUUGAUUACAUCAAGCAGAGGAGGAGUGUGGUCUCCCCCAACUUCGGCUUCAUGGGCCAGCUCCUGCAGUAUGAAUCCGAGAUCCUGCCUUCCACGCCUACCCCCCAGGCUCCCUCCUGCCAAGGGGAGGCAGCUGGCCCUUCGUUCAUAGCCCAUUUGCAGACCCUGAGCCCUGACGUGCAGGGUUCUUACUGCACGUUCCCUACCUCGGUGCUGGCACCAGUGCCCACCCACUCAACGGUCUCAGAGCUCAGCCGGAGCCCCAUGGCCACAGCCACGUCCUGCUAAAACUGGGAUGGGGGAACCAGCCCAGCCCCAAGAACAACUGUGAUUUUGUAUUUUAACUCGUGGACAUUUCAUACCUGUGCAAUACUGAAGACCUCUUCUGUCCUGCUGUCCUGGUGGGACAGUGAAGGGUCACCAGGUUUGCACACAAACUUCAGACUGACCUUGGGGAUAGGUUCUUGGGACCGAAGGAAGGUCAAGCCAUUAGGAGAGCACAGCGUGUGCUGACUACUGUACUUCCAGACCCCCUGCCCUCAGGACUGCCCAGUCUUUGCACCUCAAAGUUAGCCUUUUCAUUUCAAGCAUAAGGCAAUAAAUACCUGCAGCAACGUGGGAGAAGGCAGUUGCUGGACCAGGAGAAAAAGGCAGUCACGAACCCAAUUCAUUUUGAAGGAAGCACAAUUUCGAUCUUAUUUUUUUAACUUUGGCAGUCUCCGUAUCUGUCUGUGUUGCUUCAGGGCAUAAGCUGAUCACCACCUAGUCAGGAGAGUAACCCUACAGGAUUUUAGGGAUACAAUGUAUAUGCUGAUUUGAACCCUCAGAUGUUUUUGAGGCUCUGUCUUAGGUCAUCAGAUGGAGGCAGCUGAAUGAAGUAGUGAGUGGUAACACUUCUGGUUUCCUUUUCACUGUGGGUUCUUCCCUGACUUUGGACUUUGACAUGUUUCUUAUUCAUACUUGAACCUUUCUCGUUGCACUCUUCUCAAAGCAGCUCUUGCUUCAUUUGAAAGGAGUUCUUUAGACCAUAGACCAAAAACCACCCCUCUGAGGUGGUAGCAGUGGGUGCCAGGAGAGAAAGGUACCCACUGUCUGGGUCACUGGCAUUGAAAUGGUCGUCACCCCAGCUCGCUGUUCUUGUAUGUGCUUGUCUCGUCUCUGGUGACACUUGUUUUCUUCCCUGCCCCUGGGGGUUGUCUCCAAGCUGUUGACUUCUGGGAUUUGCAGGUUUCUCAAUGUGGUACUACUUGUUUUUUGUCUGUAAGGUUAUUUCUCCAGGGGAAAGGCAAUAAUUUCCUAAAAUCCAUAUGAAUGUGAAGAAAAGCAGUAUGUUACUGGUUGUUGUUGUUGUUGUUUUUUAUAGUGCAAAAUAAAAAUAGU